AUGGUCAUAACUGUCAUCAUCAUCAUCAUGACUCUUGUCCUUAAGUCUUUUGUCAUACUGUGCUAUUCUUCAGACCUCAGCAGCGGUGCCCUUGGCUGUAACCUGGCAGUGAAUGCCCUUUUGGGUGGGGACUCCUUGGCUGAAGCAUGCAGACCACUGCCUUGCCUUCCAAGUUCUAGGAUUACAGCAUGGGUUGCAGCCCUCGCCAUGGGCAUGAUCUUCUUCUGUUCUCCCAUUGUGAGUAUAUUCACGGACCGUUUGGGCUGCCGGAUCACAGCCACCACCGGGGCUGCUGUGGCUUUCAUUGGCCUCCACACCAGUUCCUUCACCAGCUCCCUAAGCCUGCGCUACUUCACCUACGGGAUUCUCUUUGGUUGCGGCUGCUCCUUCGCCUUUCAACCAUCACUCGUCAUCCUGGGCCACUACUUUCAACGUCGCCUGGGUCUAGCCAAUGGCGUGGUGUCUGCAGGAAGUAGCAUCUUCUCCAUGUCAUUCCCCUUACUCAUAAAAAUGCUGGGGGAUAAAAUCAAGCUGGCCCAAACCUUCCAGGUGCUCAGCACCUUCAUGUUUCUCCUUACACUGCUCUCACUCACCUACCGACCCCUCCUGCCCAGCUCCCAGGACACCCCCAGCAAGAGAGGUGCCCACACCCUGCGACAGCGCUUUGUGGCUCAGUUCAGGAAGUACUUCAACAUGCGUGUGUUCCGCCAACGCACCUACCGCAUCUGGGCCUUUGGGAUCGCUGCUGCCGCUCUUGGUUACUUCGUCCCCUAUGUACACCUGACGAAAUAUGUGGAAGAUGAGUUCAAGGAAAUCAAGGAGACCUGGGUGCUCUUGGUGUGUAUUGGGGCUACCUCAGGCCUCGGACGUCUUGUGUCAGGCCACAUCAGUGACUCCAUUCCUGGACUGAAGAAGAUAUACCUGCAGGUCCUCUCAUUCCUGCUCCUGGGCCUGAUGUCUAUGAUGAUUCCUCUGUGCCGGGACUUCUGGGGCCUUAUCGUUGUCUGCCUCUUCCUGGGUCUAUGUGAUGGCUUCUUCAUCACCAUCAUGGCUCCGAUUGCAUUUGAGCUGGUGGGACCAAUGCAGGCUUCACAGGCCAUUGGCUACCUCCUGGGCAUGAUGGCCCUGCCAAUGAUCGCUGGGCCUCCCAUUGCAGGCCUCCUUCGAAACUGCUUUGGUGACUACCAUGUGGCCUUCUACUUUGCGGGUGUGCCCCCCAUCAUUGGGGCUGUAAUCCUCUUCUUCGUCCCUCUGAUGCAUCAAAAGAUGUUCAAGAAAGAGCAGAGAGAUUCCAGCAAGGAUAAGAUGUUGUCCCACGAUCCGGACCCCAACGGAGAACUGCUGCCAGGCUCCCCCGCUCCUGAAGAGCCCAUUUAAUCCCUCUGGCUUGCCAUCAUGUGCUCCUCCCCCACCCCACCCCUCCAUCCCACCCUGCUCAGCAUUUACAUUUUUGCCACCAGCACACUUGUUCCUAAACCUGUGCACACAGCAUUUCAGCCACCUGACCAUCUCCUCUGAGCCAAUGCUCUCAGUGUUCCAAACUCAUUAAGCAAAUUCUCCCCCAUGAAUGCCUUGAAACUUGCCAGGCCCUUCUCCCAGGAUCUGGGAAAAUGUGGGAUCACCCCCUGGCCUUUGGAUCCUCUCCAUACACUUUCUAGCCCCUGGGGGGGGGAGAGGAGGAGGAGGAGGAAGAGGGGACCUCUGGCCCCAGCUUGUUAGUUACCCACUACAAUCAACUGCCAAAGGUGCUACUGUGUCCCCAGAACCCAGUGGGAGGGACCCAAGCCUCUGCUGAGGGAUUUGUUGCCAUCCAUCCUUGGGAGCCAUUUGGGGGUUAUGGGAAGGAAAGCUGAAAGAGACAAGGACCUUGCUUUGCACCAGCGUUCCUAAGGGCUCUGCGGCACCCCAUGGUAUGGUUGGUUAACCAUCUGAUUCCCUUUUCCCUUCCUUCUGUUUUCUCUCUACUGCCUCCUCUCUACUUUCUUCCCCUCUAUUUCUUAUUACUGUCAUAGCUACAUAGGUGCUUGAAGAAAGGAGGGACCCAGAGCUUGGGCCAAUCAGCUUCAUUUCGGCCCAGACCAUCCCUAACCCUAGCAUUAAUCCUGCUCAUCUCAGGCAGAGCUACAUCUCACUUUGGGGCUCAAACUGAUACAAUCAUAGACUGGAAGAGCAGGCUAUCACAUAGGGAAGGGAUCUUAAACACUACGGAGUUCCACGUACCACUCACUGACUCUGACAAAUCAACCAAGAGACCUUCCCAGUGUCCCAUCCUUGUAGCCACCUGUCAAAUGUGAAGAAACUCCUUUCAUCUCAUCAGACACAGGGGGAAUGAUGACAGCACGCUGGCAUGAUGGGGGAGGGGCGUUGCUGUGGUUACCAACUUGUUGAAGAACCAACUCCUCCAUCUCUCACUUUUCAUAACAGAUCAAUCUUCUCACCUGGGCCAGGCCACGAACUGAACUGACUUAGGAACAAAGAAAACCUUGCUGUGUUCCUAGAGCCCCAAAAGACAUAAGCAACAAAUGCACGUAGGGUCGGACAAUUUCUUUUAGGAGGGGGAAGCUACCUUAGCCUUUAUCACCCAGUCUGUCCCCCAUUCUGGGCAUCCUGGGCCACUCUGCUGAGUGAGCAUUACAGGUGCCGGAGAAAGUAGGCUCUGGACCACCAUUAUCCCUUUGAAGUUGGUGCCAGAUACUUCCCUAUAGCCAGGCUCUGGGUAACAGUCUUACUGAAGAGCAUUCCAAGUGCCCCUAGCCAGAGGCAAAGGGCACUGUCAGCCUUGUCCGGUUGCACAGCUCACCUCAUUAGGAACUCAGCAUCUCUCCUCCCUGUCUUUGGGUGUCUCUCUCUCCUCUCUAGGCCUUUGUUUAUUGUGUUCCUGUACCCAACCUUUCAUCAUCUUUUGCCAGGCAUCCCUGGCUGUUACUUGGACCCAACGAUAACUUGCCACCCCAAGCCAGGGUCAUCCCAAGGCCAGGAGGAUGAGGUUGCUCUGAGGGGCUCCAAAGAAUACAAUGGUCCCCACACAUGAGAUUUUCCGUUACUAACAGGCAGCUGGGGCAUAGUUGGCCUCUGAUGUUUCAUUCAAGGCCAAAGUCCUGAGCCCCCCUCCGCUGGUCCCUGUCCAGCUCUUAUCAACUCCCCAAAGGAAAACUUAUUGGUUCUUGGCUCUGAGGACAGGAAGGGGUGGAGUUACUGUCCAGUCAGCUCAAGCAUCUGUGGAACAGGAGAAGCUGGGCCCCAGGAGCCCUGUGACUCCCAUGAGAGGUCAUUGAAAAUACUGGAGCAACAGUGCCUCUGCUUCCAUUCCUCCUUGCCCCACCCCCUCCAGGCCACUUUGGGGGCAGGGGAAUGAGUGUGCAGGGCCUCCUUUGUUGCUCCUGGCCCGGAUGGCUCUUAAGAGUCAGGCUGUCGGGGGCUGGAGAGAUGGCUCAGAGGUUAAGAGCAUUGCCUGCUCUUCCAAAGGUCCUGAGUUCAAUUCCCAGCAACCACAUGGUGGCUCAACCAUCUGUGAUGAGGUCUGGUGCCCUCUUCUGG